UCAAAUAGGAUGAGAAGAUUUGACUUGAUGAGCACAGUGAACACAAGAAGUCUCUCGUCUCCCGAGUCCAUUUGACUACCAAAGACUGAAAGAUUUUAGACUUAAUUUGUGUUUGAUGGAUGUCCAGGAGAAUGACUCCGGCUCUUGGGAACCUAAGUUUUUUGUACACACUGCUUUGAUUGGUCAGUUUGGGUAGAAAGUGGGAGCGUCAGGGCUCUGGGAGGAUGAUGUGUUGGGAAGCAGUUAUCAAAGGUUCCCCAUAAUAAGCAGCCCUCUAUCAGCUCUGUCUUUGAAUCUGGAAAGUCCCUUUGAUUUUCAACAAAAAUCGACUGCCCUGAGCUCCCUUUGUUGUUGUCAUCAUUUAUGAUUUAUGCAUCCACCUGAAAAGUGACCUGCCUGUUGGAAGAAAACAUGGAAAGAGACAUCCUCUGUUUUCUCCUCGUCCUCAUCACCAUCAUACUACCUGGUCCUCUGCACGCUGCGACUUCAAGCCUAAACCUCUCAAAGGUUGUCCUCAUCUCACAUCCGAGAACCUGGUUUGAUGCUCAACACUACUGCAGAGCACACCAUAGUGACUUGGUCACCAUCAGAAACACACAGGAGGCAAACAUGGUUGUCUUGUUUGAAGGCUGGAUUGGUUUGUAUCACAGAUGGAGUUAUGGAUGGAAAUGGUCCAAGGAAGAUGAACUUGCCACAUUCAUCCCCUGGGAUCUUGGUGAACCAAACACAAAUUUGUGGUGUGUUUUGAAGUAUCGUUCACACCUAACAUGGGCAAGUGCUGAUUGCAGAUAUCCCCACCCCUUCUUGUGUGUCGAUGAAAGACUGAUUCUGGUCCAAGAGAUGAAGACGUGGGAAGAAGCAUUGCAUCACUGUAGACAGCUGCAGGUGGCGGAUCCCUCUCCUGGAGGGACCGCACAUCUGUAUGACCUCGCCAGCCUGCCAGAAGAAAAUAACGUACUGUUGGACAGAGAGAAGUUAAAGGAAGCAACCACAAAUGAGGUGUGGGUCGGACUGCGUUUCCUGGCUGGUGAGUGGUUGUGGGUCAGCGGUGAAGCAGUGACGAGCUCCUACCUUCCUCGCUGUCCAGCCCAGCAGCAGCACUGCGGUGCUCUGGAUCACAAGAACACAAGCUGGAAGAUAAUGAGCUGCAGCGAGAAGAGAAACUUCAUCUGCAGCAUAAAUCUGUGAAAGCUUGGACAGAAAUGAUGUGGUAACCUUAGAGGUCUUAAAUCAUGAAGCGCUCUCAUUUUAAAAUGAAGUCAACACGAGCAGCGAGUCCAAGCCAUGAAAAAAUAUGAUGUGGCAUUUCCCGAAAGAAAGUAAGAAAUAUUUAAUGUAGAUGAAACUGCAACAAGUCCGGCUCUCUCUAGCCUGGAAUACUCAAAUGGGUCAUUUUAUAAGACAUGGGAAAAAAUGACCUAUUUUGCUGUUUAGGAAUGAGGACUUGUUGGGGAAAAUCUACAAUUUAAUGUCAAUCAAUUUGGGACUCAUGUCAAGUUUAAAUUUGGUUUCUGACUGGUGUUAUUUGCAUUGCAGUCAUAGAACCUUCAAGAAAGAGAUCUAUGCUAAAAAAACUGAUGUAUUCUUUGUAUAUAUUUAGAACAGAACUAGUGUCAUUAUAUUGAAUUUACAUCACCAGACCUUUGGAACAUCAUCGCGAUUCACUGACUUUGCAUGCAGUGUGCAUAGCAUAUAUCCACUAUGCAUAUAGAUUAUAUAUAUUACAAAUAUUUGGCAAUAAAAGGAUUGUUUUGUGUUCACCUCUGUAGUCUGUAGUUGGCUUUUGGGUGCAAAUUUAUGCAAGUGAUUGAAUAUUUACAGGAGUUCAUUCCGAGAGAAAUGAUUAGAGCCAAUGCAACAGUUUGGAGAAAAUAACCAAUUAACUUCCACAGUGUUUCAAAUUGGUUCUGCUUGUUGAGUGUUGCAAGUUAAUGUUGCUGCAUACACUUUAAAAAAACACAUUUGAAUAGUUUUAUUACAUCUGUGGGCAUAUGAUGCAAGUUUUGACAUGACAUGUGCCUAAAUAUUUCACUUUUGCUUUAACUGAGUUUGUUAUGAGAGAAUAAUGCACCUUGCAUAGAAAAAAUAAAUUAAUAAUAAUAAUAAUAAUAAUAAUAAUUUUUGUUUGUACUAAUAUACGCCCCUAUAUUUACCUCAUUUAUAGUAUAGCAAAAAUAACUACAUAAUCUACCUUGGAUCAACUACCUUGGAUCUGCAGAGUAAAUUGACUCUUGAAAAUGUUUCCCCACAGACUCCACUGUUUCACUUGUCUUGUUCUCAGUAAAACAAACAAUGUGUGAAGUUCUUUCUCCUGUUUGUACAUAGGGAUAUAUCUCUAAUACGUUAUUAAACUACAGAGAUAACAUGUAAUGUGACCUUCUCUUUCUUUCUUCUCUUCUCUUUUGGCAGAAGGAAUACCUGCUGAUAGUACUCAAAUAUCCCCCUGUAUAAUUUAGUUUGCCACUAGAGGGCACUCUUAAUCAAAUCACAGUGGGAACAUGUUAUUAUGGUUUAACUAAGCAAACAUUUAAUCGCCUACAAUGUCGCAGAGAUCUGCAAAAGGGUUAUUAAUUUGUCAUUUUUUUUCCACAUGUGACAUAAGAAGUUUAAGUAGAGUCAUUAUUUCUAUGAAUAAACCUUUAGUCAUUUAUCUUAAAGUAUUCAACA